AUGCCAGCAAAAUUCACGCUUAUUUGUAUAAUUCAUUCAAUAAUUGAAAGAGACAUUACAGAGCAUAUUGUGAAAGAAGCAAUCGUUAUAUUAAGGAGAGAAACAAAUGUAAACUUAGAACUAAGAAUAAUUACUUUUUUUCCUAAAAAUUCCCAAGUACCGAAAUGGAUUCCUCUUUUCGCUGAUGAAAAUAUCUUAAGAUUUACUGGAAAAUUCGCACUUCUAAAAGACCCUCAUGAUGCUAUAAAAAUGACAGCAAAUGCAGCUGACCUUAUAAAUAUCGGUCGAGACAAUUUUCCAAUCAGUUCUAUUUCUGUUUUUCUUACAGGUUUCGUUGCAGAAAUGGAAUCAGUUCAAAGUGACAACCUAUUUAAAAUUAUUAAGCUAAACGUGACUGAAUUUGCUGAAAGUUCACAAGGUGGACCCACAGGAAGAACAUUCUGCAUUAAAUGCAGAUACUUGAAAUCCGAUAGACGAAUUGAGAAAAAGGCAACUAGAAUUAGAAAAAACUCAAAUUUAAUGAUCACUGGCGAUAUGAUCUAUAUUGACGAAACACUUGAAUACAUAGUUGAAAUACAAGAUAUUAAUUUCCUUCCAAUGUCUAUAGCAAUGAAUAUUGAAUCACCAACUGGAGAAUCUGCCUUAUCUCUAUAUUCCUGGCUAGCCGGACAAUCUUCAGGAAGAAUUUCUGCAUAA